AUGGAGAUUGAUUCCAUGGACGUCUCCAAUGCGUUCCUGCAGGGCGACCUGCACGAGCGCAACUUCCUCCGGCGACCACCCGGGUUCCACGCAGCCUUCCCUGAGAACACUGUCUGGCAGCUGCGUCGCCCGGUCUACGGCUUGAAGCAGGCACCGCGCGAGUGGCAUGCGAAGUUGGCUGCCACCUUAGGGUCUCUCGGCUUCUCUGCUUCCCACUCCGACGCCAGCCUCUUCAUCCGCUCCUCCCCCCGCCGCUUCUUCAUUCUGGUGUAUGUGGACGACAUCCUGCUCUCUGACACGAAGGCCGACAUGGAGCAGAUGAAGCAGUCCCUGCAGCAGCGUCUCAAGUGCAAAGACCUUGGCGCCCUCACCAACUACCUGGGCAUGGCCAUCACCCGUGACCGCUCUGCUCGCACCAUCACCCUCUCCCAGUCCCACUACAUCGGCCAGGUCUUGGAGAAGUUCGACAUGACGCAGGCCAAGCCCGUCUCCAUCCCCCUCCCUUUCGGCCACCACCUCGCUCCACCCACCUCUCCCACCUCCUCCCCUCACCCCUAUGCCGAGCUCGUUGGGUCCCUGAUGUACGCGAUGAUGUGCACCCGCCCCGACCUCGCCUAUCCCAUCAGCGUGCUCGCUCGCUUCGUCGGCACCGGCCGCCACAGUGAGGAGCACUGGAAAGCUGCCAAGCGGGUCCUCCGCUACCUUCGAGGGACCAAGGACCUUGCCCUCACCCUUGGCGGCCCUUCCCCUCCUCUUCUCUCAGGCUUCAGUGACUCCUCUUGGGCUGACACGCAGCCGGACCGCCGCUCCUCCCAGGGCUACGGCUUCACCCUUGGCAGCGGCCUCAUCAGCUGGCGCUCCACCCGCUCCUCCGCCAUCUCUCUCUCCACCUGCGAGGCCGAGCUCUACGCCGGCACCAUGGCCGCUCAGGAGUCCCGCUGGCUCUGCUUCCUCCUUGCCGAGCUUGGCGCUCCCCAGACGUGCCCCACUCUCUGGUGCGACAAUGCCAGCACCAUCCAUCUCACUGAGGACCCUGUCUAUCAUGCCCGCUCCAAGCACAUCGAGCUCCGCUAUUUCUUCAUUCGCGAGCUUGUCCAGAAGGGUCUCAUUGCCGUUCGCAAAAUUGCGACCGAGGCCAACUUGGCCGACAUUUUCACCAAGGCCCUCCUUCGCCCUGCGCACUCCGCUUUCCUCCGCCUCAUCGGCCUCGCUCGCCCGGGCGCUCCUUGA